GUCAUUUUUUACGAGAUUUGUAAUAAAAGUACGAAUAAUAAGCCAUGACAGCGAAACCUGUACAGUGCAUCAAUUUACCAUGGGUCGAAAAGUAUCGACCAAAGCUAUUGGACGAUUUAAUAUCUCACGAGGAAAUUAUUAAAACCAUAAAUAAAUUCAUUGAUGAAAAUGAACUUCCUCAUUUACUUUUAUAUGGACCACCUGGCACAGGAAAAACCAGUACAAUACUUGCUUGUGCACGCAAGUUGUACACACCAGGACAAUAUAAUUCAAUGGUAUUAGAAUUGAAUGCGUCAGAUGACAGAGGCAUUGGCAUAGUGAGAGGCCAAAUUCUCAGUUUUGCAAGUACCAGUGCAAUGUAUAAAACUGGUUUUAAAUUAAUUAUUCUUGAUGAAGCCGAUGCUAUGACAAAUGAUGCUCAGAAUGCUCUUCGAAGAAUAAUAGAGAAGUACACGGACAAUGUAAGGUUUUGUGUCAUAUGUAAUUACCUCAGUAAGAUUAUCCCUGCUCUUCAGUCCCGAUGCACUAAAUUUAGGUUUGGACCAUUGUCUACAGAUCAAAUUAUACCAAGGCUAAACACUAUUAUCAAAGAAGAAGAUUUAAAUGUUUCUGAAGAUGGAAAGCAAGCAUUGAUAACACUGAGUGGAGGGGAUAUGAGAAAAGUUUUGAAUGUACUCCAAAGUACAUGGCUUGCUUUUGGUGCAGUCACAGAGGAAAAUGUUUAUUCAUGUAUUGGCCACCCUCUUCCAAUUGAUAUAAAAAAUAUAGUCAACUGGUUAUUGAAUGAAUCGUAUGAACUAUGUUAUUGCAAAAUACAAGACAUAAAAGUCAAGAAGGGACUAGCAUUGCAAGAUAUAUUAACAGAGCUCCAUUUAUUUGUAAAUAAAAUUGAAUUUCCAGAUUCAAUACUUAUCGAUUUAAUAAUUAAGCUGGCAGAAAUAGAGAAGAGGGUAUCUAUUGGUUGCAGCGAAGCGGUACAAUUAAACUCCCUCGUUUCAGCGUUUCAAAACGCUCGUGAUAUCGAGACUCCUUAG